AUGUCCAACAUCAUCCCGUUCCGCAUCACUACGGACCAGGCGAUCGUGGUGCUGGAAGUCCAAUCCGACACCUCGAAAGAGUUGGAGGCCUCACCUGUGCUACGUCGUUGUUGGCGUGUGGCAUACUUGAAAGCUGAAAAGGUUCGGGGCAGCAAAAAGAUGCUUCCUGUGGGCGCUGUGGUGGUGGUCCAUGUUCUCUAUCCUGCCGCGUCGGCGGGCAAGUUCAAGACUGAUGUGCAACAGGAACAAGCCAAGACUGAAAAGGAGAUGCAAACUGCGCAACAGGAGCUCCAGGCCAUCCGGCGCGCCCUGGACUCCGCGGUGAGCGCCGCCACGGUGGCCGAGGCGCAGGAGGCGCAGGCGGCGAACGAGGCGCGCGAGGCCAAUGGACGCGUGGAGGUGGCCAAGAAGACCAAGGAGUAUUUGAUGAAGAUCCGAGGCGCAGUGCGAUCCUACUACGGCAGCAUCGAUGAUCUCGAGGGCGCUGUGGAGGGCCAGGCCAAGGUGGAGCUGAAGGAUGUUGCAGAAGCCAAGACGAUGUUGGAAAAGUACAACACGAUGAUUAGCUCCUUCCGGAACUUGCACGCCUAUGAUGCGGAAGUCUACACGAAGGUCACUCCAGCCAUCAAGGAAGUGAAGGAGAACGCUUUCGCCCAGAUUCGAUGCGCAUUGCCUCUCCGACCUCUGGGGAACGCUGGGAAUGACCAAGUUGGAGUUCCCUUCCGACUGAGCCGCGUCGGAUCGAUGAUUCGACCGAUGAAGGCGCCCGAGCCGGAGGAGCAGCGAAAGAAGGGACGGACGCUGGGAGCAGCGGAGCCGCUUGGUGGUGGAGGCCUGGGGCGGCACAACCGAGCCCGAGGUGCGGAGGCUAGACAAAGAGGGGCUCGCUGGGCAAGGAAGCAGAAACAACUUGUUUUGCAGAGCAAGUGCUUCAACAAGACCGGCCAUGCCCGAACAGCAGAUCAUCGGCUACCAAGCCAACAAGACUUGAGUCGGCAGAGUGUGGCAGGCAAAGGGAAAUGGAAGACUUGGACUCCAGAAGCGAUCUUGCGCGCAGGCUUUGGGCAGGAAACUGCAACUUAUAGGCAGAUAGCAAACGAAGUGGAGGGUGCUUCCUCCAGCCAGUCAAGGGCCGCUAGAUUUGCGUGCGCUGCCGCAGUGUGCAAGUCUCAGGCAGAGAGCUGUGAGAAAGUGUUUGCAGAGGCUUCAGAGGAACCCCUCAGAUUCUUCAUUCAAAAUUUGAUGUUUGACGAGUCAACCUUUGACCUGAGAGUCGGCAAGGAUGCCGCCAACAGUUGCCCUGUUCUGUGCUCGCACUCUCAAUGGACAAUGGGCUUUGCCCCCUCUUUGGAAAGCGCCAGGGACGCCGUCCGGGAUGAGCACAUCGUGCGGUCUCCGCAAGUCUUGGCCCCGAUGAAUUCUGCAACUAUGUGGAAGACUUUAUCCUGUCAUCCAGGGAGUAUUGGAGCUUGCGAAGUGGCCGCUGACCAUGUGUGCACCCUUACCACAUGCGAUUCUUAUGCGGCGAACUUAAAAAUGUUGAAGCAUUUGGACACAGUCCUCCCAUCAGACCACUACUUCCUUCCAAUGUUGUGCACUCAGCACCGGAACGGAAACGUUCUGGAGCAGUUGACUCAUUUGCUUGGAAAUCUGGGCCGCUGUUUUUGCGUUUCCCGAGUUUUGAAUUCGAGGCACGCAGUGCAAGCGCUCCGCAAGAGAACGGCCGCAGGCCUGGAACAGCAUCUGGCGGUGCUCCAGGCUGAGCCUGCAGGUGUUCAAACUGAAUGGGAGGAAGCGCGGUCGCUGACCAGGAGUUUCCUGAAGCUCGAAGCCAGUUCGAAAGAGGCGAAGGAGUCCGAGGUGGAGAUUGCAGAGCCUGCUGCUGAUGAACUUCCACCUGGUUAUUCUCGCCUCUUGGGCUUCUUCAAUGGCCCUUGGAGAAGAAUUGUGAGAAAGAGCAUCAUGGUCAUGGCAGGCCAACUUGCGAGAAAAUUGAUUUUGCCAUGGCAGCAGUAUCCUUGGUGUUUAUGGCCGCUGGCCUUGAAAGACGCAAGCCAAGAAGACCGCAGGUCAUGUGCUAAAGCUUUACUCAGCAGUAAGCCUUGCUGUCUGGACAGCGGUUUUUCACAGCGGCUCAAGCGCAUACACCGCACAGAAGAAGAACUCUUGAACUCGCAGCUCCAAGUCUUUUUGCAAAAAGUUUUCGAACGUGUUGUGCCAACAUCAACUUUCAUUGAGCGGCGGUUCGCCCAGUUUGCCCAUUGGAGCGACCAGCAGCCCAAGCUUGGCACUUUGGCAGCCAAGCACGUGACUAGUUUCUGCAAGGGCGCUGCCCAGGCUUGGAAGCAAAACCACCCGCAGCACCAGAAGCGAAAGCAUUUGUCUCGUCCUGGCUGGGUAGAACAAAAGCAAGGAAGCCGAACCACAGGAUACAAUGUAUUUCUGUCUGAGUUCAGGAAGAACGAUUCAGCGCAGCAAGUGGCUGGAGAUGAAGGGAGGCAAACCUUUGUUCAAGAGGCUACAGCUGCUUGGAGAAGACUUUCUCCCGGAGAGAAAGCGCCUUACAGUUUCAAGGCGCGUGGGCUGAACAGUCUGCGCAGCAGAAGCUCCCAGAUGUCAGACAACGAGGCUGGCCCUGAAGGCCGAGAGACUGGCGGCUUGUGGAACACAUGCCUGCUGCAAGAUAGAUGGCCGCUCCGAGUUGAUCUUUUGGAAGCUGCCAUGGGGGAAGGGAUUGCGGCUUUACGAAAGAUCUCAUCGGCUUGGGAAGAGGAGCAUGCAAUGCUGGUGGAGGCGGAAGAUGAUCUGCCAGAUGUGAGUGAUAACUUGUUUGCUGUGUGCCCGCAUGGUGGAUGUGAUGAGGAGCUGCAGGCAGCGCAGCGUCCAGUCUUUCGGGAAAUCCACGAUGACUUGGUCACUGCUGUCCGGGUGAUUGAGCCUUUGAAGCGGGACUUGUCUGCUCACCCUUUGGUUUUGGAAUGGCACUCAUUGUCAUUGCAGAAGAGAAGGUUUGUUGUGGUCGCUUUUCACAUCCGCAAGCCUCCUUGGGACAUGGUCCUUGUUGAGCUGGAGGAAGCCGGGGACUCUGAAGAGCUUCCUUUUUGCUUGGCAGUGCAGCUGGGCAGGCAAUCCAUUCAUUCUGACAUUGCAUUUUGCCAUGAGCUUGCCCGAGCCGCGUCUGACUGGGUCUUGUUUCGCUUGUCCAUUGGAGAUCUGACCGUGGACUAUGGCAUUUUCCAAGCCGCAGAGCGCAAGGAACUGAGCCGAUCCGAGUUGAGACAAGCUGCUGCUGAAAUGAAGCAAGUUAUGCUCGCAGCAAAAGCAGCCAAGCUUGCCCAAGGUUUGACCGCAAAUAAAAAAAGGAAAAGCAGAAACUCCAACAAACGAAAAAGCAAAGGCAAGCGGUCGCAGACCCUGGCUCCAGAUGUUUCGGACAUGGAGUGGAAUUCUGCCUCUGAAAGCGGGGGCUCCGCUUUGGGCAGACACCGGCAGUGUUGCAGCGCCUGCUUCUUCGUCCGCUGGACCGGCUCGCAGGGGCUCAGCUUCAGACUUUGCGGCAGACACCAGCAGUGUUGCAGCGCCUGCUUCUUCGUCCGCUGGACCGGCUCGCUCUAA